UACACGAAAACUUUCAGCACAAACUCCGAAUAAGAGGCCGAGUGAUCGUGUGUGGAAUCUCAUGGGCAGACAUGCAAACCCGGACGUGAAUGAACAAUAUAGGAUUCUACCCUAAUCUACGGACGUGUGUUCUGUGUUAUAGGGAUAGUUUCAUACACCCAGGGACAGACACAUCGCCACAGUCUCCGCAGCCUUUCAUUUGGAUUGCAGUAAUUGUCCUAGUGUCAGUGGCAUACCCGCUACACAUUUUUACCUUUGGCCGUGCUUCUAAGUUAAAAGGCUGGCACUGUCAGUUGACCCGCGGGCUUUGAUCCCGACCCUCAAGUUGGAGCCUGUGUCACGGCCCGUGGGGUGCGGCAGUGAUUGUGAGGGUGGAGCAAUGGUGCAGUGCGCUGGUUGUGAACGACCGAUCUUGGACAGAUUCCUAUUGAAUGUUUUGGACCGAGCGUGGCAUGCUAAAUGUGUUCAGUGCAGCGACUGCAAAAGUAAUUUGACAGAAAAAUGUUUCUAUAGGGACGGAAAGUUGUACUGCCGAACAGAUUUCUUCAGACGGUACGGAACCAAGUGUGCUGGCUGUACACAAGGUAUAUCCCCUAACGAUCUCGUGCGGAGGGCAAGAAACAAAGUGUUUCAUUUAAAGUGUUUUACAUGCAUGGUAUGUCGGAAACAGUUAUCUACAGGGGAGGAACUCUAUAUAUUAGAUGAGAAUAAAUUCAUCUGUAAAGAAGACUACAUCAGCAGCAAGUUUUCAGGUUCAGACGGAGAGGACGAGGGCGACCCCGACAGCGGCAUCGACACGCAAGGCAACAUCUCGGACAAAGACUUCGCUCUGGAAGCCGAUAAUAGCAAAGAAGAGAAAGAAAAUAUCAUGUCGGGUAUUGGGAAUAAUAACAACACUAACUUCAUGAACAAUAACAACAACAACAGCAGUAUGGGGUCGAACCCCGUGUUGUCCCCAAGCCUCAACAGCCCUGCCCCCAUUAAGGAGGAACCCCUCCGACCAGACUCCUGUCCCCUCGACGUGAGUCCAGCAUCAGUAGAUUCCAAUGCUUCUGUGGGUUCGAAUCUUGGACUAGACACAUCCAGUGGUAAUAUUAAAUGUAACGAAAGUACCGGAAGCGGAAGUCCUCAGAGCGGUACCCAAGGAAGUGGGGUCGGGGGGUCGAACGGCUCCGGGAAUAGCGGAAGCGGAAACACACAGGUUGGGGCCAAAAGACGGGGUCCAAGAACCACGAUUAAAGCUAAGCAGUUGGAGACUCUUAAAGCAGCAUUUGCUGCCACGCCGAAACCAACUCGACAUAUACGUGAACAGCUUGCUCAAGAGACAGGGCUCAACAUGAGAGUGAUUCAGGUUUGGUUCCAGAACCGUCGGUCAAAGGAACGGCGCAUGAAACAGUUGAGCGCCCUGGGUGCAAGGCGGCAUUUCUUCCGUAACCCACGGCGGAUGCGUCUACGUCCCGGCGAGGACAUGGCAGACAGCCCGGAUAUGCUGGGGGCCCCGGGAUUCGGCUACAUGUCAGAUAAUGGACAGGAAUUUUAUCCUGGUUACCAAGGUUACAACGAGUUUUUCCUCGGUCAAGGUCAAGACGGCAGCAUUGGCUUCCUGCCACCCUCUCAAGGUACCCCACCUCUCACUUUAGACCCAUCAAUGCACCCGCCAGGGUUAGGCCAGGAAGGUCAGUUUCUACCUGGAGAUAUCCUUCCGCCAGCGUCAACCCCCGAGCCGAUGCCGCUUCACGGACAUGAUGGUUCGUUUAUUCCGCGCUCAAUUCCCGGGACUCCUUUCAGCCAGUCUCUGUCCCAGUCCCUCAGUCAUCACCACCCGGAAAUGUCCGAAGCGUGGUGACAGUGAAUCGGGCCGUGCGCAGUGAAGAUGCGCAAACACAUCACGGGUCAUACCUUAAAGUACAAGCAUUGUACACGACUACCAGAAAGUGUCAGAGUUCACUGUGACGCGUCAAGACAUGACUUGUGUGUUGAAUUGUGAUUAAUGGCUGUCCCCAUACGGGCAGUUGGAUGACGCAACUUCCUGUAAACUGAAUUCUGGGAAAAGCAACUGGACAACAACAAGUGUGCGAGAAAGCACAACACAUUUCACUCAAUCAACAUGUCUCGUGCAUCAAGGAUCAAGGACAACUCGAGGGAAGGCUUCGACUUAUGUGCCAUGGACACUGUGUAGCUCGACCUUCGAGACAUCCGGACUAAAUGUACAUUUGGUAAAACAGAUGAUGAUUUUACAUAAUAUUGAAGCAUAAUUUAAAUCUGUACAUAAUUCGUCAUUUUUCGUGACAAGCAUAGUGUCUGUCCUGUAUGUAUUUUGUUCAGUGUCCGCCAUUAUUCCUCGCAGUGUGGGAGGUAUAUUAAAGAUGAACUUCGUAAGACCCCACCACCCGUAGCUGUACCCUAGAUGUAAAGAAGUCCCUAAUUUAUGCUGGAAAACUUCAGUCGCUCGUUUGAGCUUAACACAGUCCUAAAACUGUUUACCAAAGCGCGUGGCUCGAAUAACUACCGGGGUCAAGGAGUGCACGUACCCGGACUGCGUACGAAGUGUCUGCGCAGACCACGUAGCUACUCACCCUUCUAAGCCUCAUGUUGACUGCAGUUGAUGGCAUAAAGGCCGUACAUGUACAAUGUUUUAUCUCAUUUGACUUCAAUUAUCUCCCCUCUUCGCGACUAAACGUUUGAAGCUCGCAACAAUGUCCCUGCUCGUCCGCUGUGCCCUCCGUCCCUUUCUAGUCCGUAUUCGUUUGAAACAAACGGGAGGGAGCUAUGUCAAUCUACCGCCAUAAAUGUCCCAUAGAAAGGUUUACAGAAUGGUUGGAACAAUUUGGCUUUGAAACCUAAACUGAGUUAGUCUCGGGUCCAUUUUCUGUGUAAACAUGCUUUAGGUUUUGAAAUAAAAUGGAAGGUCUCUGAGGACAGUCACGUGACGCAUACACGCACGAGAUUCCAAAGCUGCCUGGUCUCAAGGGGAGAGCUAUUACAAAGGUAAACUUGCUUCCCGCGACGAGGAAUGAAAUUUUAAUGGAUAAUCCGUUAGCGAUUUAAUACCUCGGCGGCAACUGAGAGCUUUUAAUUCUUCCUCUGUUGUUCAAUGCUGGCUGAGAUUUGAUAUUCGCUCAAAUACCAAACAUAUCGGAAUUGUGUGUCGUGUUUACCUGGCGCACUUGUGUAGGGACCGUUGCAAGGGAGGAAAUCACAUCAACUCUAAGCAGUCUUGCAUAUUAAAUUAAAGAGGGCUUUAUUCAGCGGCCUCAACGCGACAAUAACGUUAUGAAUCGCUCGGCUGGAAUUACUGUUUAUUUUCGGAGGGAACCUUUACCAACCGUUAUAAUUCCCAUUCAAACGACAACCUACAAAACCCAUUACGAGCAUCAUCGUCAGAAAACACACAAAACAAUCGCUUUUGGAAUCAUAGCUUCCCGUAUUAUCAUGCGACAUAAUGUCUGAAAUAGCUGUACUCAACGUACGAAACAACGGUUUAACAGGGUGAUUGACUUCGUAUGUUUCCAAUUCAAUAUGGUGGCCCCCUCGUGUUCAAUGUUCUCUGUUUUAUCAUCGUCACAAUGUAGUGCUCCAAUGUCUUACCAUGGAUAUGUUUCACCUCAGGUACUUGGUGCAAAGUCCCGUAUGAGCUUUGUGUGUGCGGUGUUUUCUCGCCCCGUAUUAGCACCAAAAAAUAAACUGUCUAAAUUAUGGGUACCAGAUGUGAAGGGUUCUUUAAUAUAUUUACGAACUCCUUCCAAAAGUACGGAAUCACUACUGCAAACGAUUUUCACAAGCUAUUACAUUUCUGGAUAUUAUACAGACCAACGAUGUCACAUCCUUGUUUAUUAUUUAAUAACUUUAAUAACAAGACCAUUACCAAAAUCAGUUGACAAUCGUAUUCAUCAAAAGUGUUAUUUAUUUUCAGAAUUUUACUUUUUCAACUGAUAUCAAAAGCAUCCUUUGACGAUUUAUUCACAAUAGGCAUGGUGUUCCCAGUAUUAUGGAGAAAACACACUGCAGAAAUAUCAGCUCAUACGAAAGGAUUUUCACCCAUAACAAUUUUCGUAAACUAUAAUUUCCAAACGAAUCCUCCAAAUUUUCAAUGUGAAUACGACGACCACUUGCUGUGGAGCUCCGACUGUCGAGCGUUACCGCAGCGAGGGCCGCAUCAGGCCCAACAGUAUAAUCCCAAACAAAUAAAAUGAAAUUCCACACCAA